UAGGGAAGUGCACCUUGGUGUUCCAAUCAUAUGACUACGUGUACUUCACUGUUGGAUAAUUUAUAAAACGGCUCUACUCUGCAUCAGAUAUUUGCUUUCACCACUAUGAUACAUUCGAACUGCAUGCUGCUGGCUCUUGGACGUUUAUCGACUCCUAAUAAAAUCAUUGUUCUGUAGCAUUCCCAGUCGGUCCUCGGAGUAACCAUUUUCGUAUCUGAACAUUAUUCAGAUUUUAGGGAAGUGCACCUUGGUGUUCCAAUCAUAUGACUACGUGUACUUCACUGUUGGAUAAUUUAUAAAACGGCUCUACUCUGCAUCAGAUAUUUGCUUUCACCACUAUGAUACAUUCGAACUGCAUGCUGCUGGCUCUUGGACUGCUCAUUUUCUGCUUUCAGGAUGCCUGUUCUGUAGGUAAUUAUCCUGCGAAAUGUUACUAUGAACCUAAAUUAGGAUGGUGCUACAGUCCUGUUGUUCGCUACUUUUUCAACCACGUACGUGCUCAGUGUAUGAUGUUCACUUAUAGUGGAUGUAUGGGCAAUGCCAAUAACUUCUUAACUUUUGAAGAAUGUGUAAGAGAAUGUCAAAGUUAUGGGCAACACUGACUCCAAUUCCUGAUUGGGUUGAUAGAUGGAGUGGUUUCAGCAGCUGGGGAAGGAAUUCCAAAUUUCCAUGGACUUUCCCACUGAAACACUUUGCAGCAUGGAAUUCUAAGCAUUCUGUUAAAUAAACAUACAAAUGAUUUGAACCCU